UCCCUUCCACAGGGCCGGCGGCGGCGCGCUCGCCCAAGCUGGUAGGUGCGCGUGCUCCCUCCCUCAUUUCAAUUGAUUGGCUGCAGGUUGGUCGGCGUUAACUUGUUCGCUGGGGAGUGCGAGCUUAAUCGGCCACCAUGGAUGUCGAUAAGCAAGAAACAAUGGAGGAGACCAUCCUUGUUGGUGAUGAUCUCAUGCGAGGGCCACCACCACCUGUCAUACCGAAAGAGAUUGCGUCGCAUGUCCUUGAAGGUGUUGAGCUUUGUGAUGGUAUACUAAGGAAUCUUUUCUUAUGCCUGCAAAUAAAUGAUAUUGAGCCAUUCUGCCAAGAUGAAAUCGUGCUAUACCGACAAUGUGCUGAGAAAAGGGACAAGGAAAUAAGAGAACGGAUGCAAGAUAGUGAAUAUAAACUGGGUUCUUCGAUGCCUCUGGAAGAAGCAAAGGGGAGAGCUACCCAACUCCAAUCAGAAGUCACGCUGCUAGAAAGGCGCCUGAUUCUUGCAAGUGGACUUGAGGGUAUGGAAGGAUUUCGGCAGAGAUGGAGCUUGCACGGACAGCUUGAAGAUACGAGGAAAAGACUUGUGGCACUGAACCGUGGCAUUGGAAAAAGAGAGAACCAAAGUUCUAUGGGGGAAGGGACAAAAUCAGCUCCAGCUGGGAAGAGGCUGCCAGCGCCUCUUCAUGAGUUAAUGACAAUCUUGGUUGUUUCUUUAUCAGUGGAGUAGGUUGUCUAAUAUACUCUACCCUGUGCUUGCCGCGGAUUUACAGUACGCGCUGUGCAGGGUCCGCAAACCCCAAAGGCAGCCCCAUUCAGCUGUACAACCAUUUUGAUCUUUUGAUCCAGAUGUUGCGGAUAACUUAUUAGCUUCCUUUGAGCAACUUCCUGAAGCAAGAUUGCAACUGGUAGAGCUAUAAUAUGUCGACUCUACGCACCUCUAUGGUCGUACCCUAUACACACCUCUAAAGAGUGUGCCGUACUCAUGUCUUCUGCCUCUCAACUCUCAAUAUGAAACCUUACUCUGAAGAUUCCAUUGCUUUUGUCAUGAGAUAUGUCUGGAUUGCUGACUGUGAUCUUAGUGUUGUUUGUUCCAUCGCCUUUUGGCUGUUAUGGAAUUUGAAUUGA